GACACACCCAGACUGAUAAGAGCCUUUCAAAAUAAACUGCUUUAAAGUACAAACCAGCUAAACGUGAAAACAUGUAUCUUACUUUGAAAAGCAUAAACGGACGUGGCUUGUUUAGUACCGCCUGACUCGACAGUGUGGAGCUGAUCCGAGUCCAUCAGUGUGGAUGUGGACGGAUUAACCGCCGAUACAAUAUUGUCUCAUGUAACCUGAUGGACAUUUAUUUUUCACAUCGCGUCGCGUCCACCGGGGACAAAUGUGGACGGAGGAAGGCUGUAUGUCCGUCUCUCCGCUCGUCUGUCUCUCUGUUUUUGUGUCAACAGCACCGGGGAUGAAACAGUCGUUUUUUCCGGAGCCUCUUGCUCGCAGCUAGAUCCAGACAUCACCAUUCAACUUUCAAAAAUGCGGCUCUUCACGUCUCUCCUGAAGAACACAAACCCCAAAAUCGAGUAUUACUCCAGGUUUUCCCCGUCGCCGCUCUCCAUCAAGCAGUUUUUGGAUUUUGGCACGAACAAUGCGUGUGAGAAAACAUCCUACAUGUUCCUGCGCAAGGAGCUGCCCGUGCGACUGGCAAACACCAUGAGAGAAGUCAACCUGCUGCCUGAUAACCUGCUCAGCCAGCCGUCUGUCAGGCUGGUUCAGAAGUGGUACAUGCAGAGUUUUGUGGAGCUUCUGGAUUACGAGAACCGAAAGCCAGAGGAUCCUCUCGCUCUGAAUGAUUUCCUGGAGCUCUUGAUUGAAAUCCGUAACCGUCACAAUGACGUGGUCCCCACCAUGGCACAGGGAGUCGUCGAGUACAAAGAGAGGUUUGGCUUCGACCCCUUCAUCAGCAGCAACAUCCAGUAUUUCCUGGACCGCUUUUAUACCAACCGCAUCUCUUUCCGCAUGCUCAUCAACCAGCACACUCUCCUGUUUGGAAAUGACACCAACCCUGCUCAUCCAAAACACAUUGGCAGCAUAGAUCCUACCUGCAGUGUGGCUGAAGUCGUCAGUGAUGCCUAUGACACAGCAAAAAUGCUGUGUGAGAAGUAUUACUUGGCUGCUCCUGAGCUCAAAAUUGAAGAGUUCAACAAGAAGGCCCCUAAAAGGCCCAUCCAGGUGGUGUAUGUGCCGUCUCAUCUGUUCCACAUGCUCUUUGAGCUGUUUAAGAACUCGAUGAGAGCCACUGUGGAGCUCCACGAGGACAGUAAAGAGGGAUUACCACCCAUAAAGGCAAAAGUCACUCUGGGUACAGAGGAUCUUUCCAUAAAGAUCAGUGACAGAGGAGGAGGAGUUCCCCUGAGGAAGAUAGACCGUCUGUUUAACUACAUGUACUCCACUGCCCCGACACCAAGCCUGGAGCCGGGAGCCGUCCCCCUGGCUGGUUUUGGCUACGGUUUACCAAUUUCAAGGCUCUAUGCCCGAUACUUCCAAGGGGAUCUGAAGCUCUACUCCAUGGAGGGCGUUGGCACGGAUGCUGUCAUCUAUCUGAAGGCCUUGUCCAGUGAGUCCUUUGAGCGCCUGCCAGUCUUCAACAAGUCAGCGUGGCGGCACUACAAGACCAGCCCCGAGGCGGACGACUGGAGUAACCCCAGCAAAGAGCCACGUGAUGCCAGCAAGUCCAAAUACAAAGCCAAUAGAUAACUCCACCCCUCCUGCUAACCCCACCCUCUGCUGGGAGUCCAUAUGCCUGCACUCUGCCUAUAGAGAAUAUAGGAUGAGGUAUUGCCUUUGGGUAAAAGUUUGGUUUUGGCUCAGCUUGCCUUCAUUCCAGUAAUAAAUGAAUGACCUUGAUUUAAGUCUGUACCCAGUGGCAAUGACCUUCAUCAGAGAAGCUGUUUUGUUGUUGCUGUGGCAGAACCACUAGCUCCCCUGUAAUGGCCUUUAAAAUGGAACUUUCCCAAAUUAUGGAUCCACACUGUUUUAAUCCCGCAAGUAAUUAUUAUUAUUUAUAAAUGUGGUUAGACUCUGUGGCUGAAUUCACCGGAUCACUGUUAUUUUUCCCUCUGCCUCCCACAAAGCCCACUAUGCUGACGGGGGGGCGACUGCUCCUUUUGGCUCGAUGAGCCGCGAUGGAGUUUUCUCUCUCGCCAUCGGUGAAGGCCUGUAUUCUGUUUCUCCUGGGGUCAAGUUUCAGUGCGUCCGGUAAAAGGAGGGAGAUUUAAUUUCACACAUUUGACUCAACGCACCAUUAGGCCAGUGUGUCAUUAGCACUGUAUUGUAUUUAAAGAAGAUUGGGAGGAAAAAAUGAUACUGAAAAUAGGAAUACACCUUAUUUGAGAAUUUCUAUUUCAUUUCACAGAGAUUUUUUUAUAGGAUAAAUAAUAUAAAUGAGGUAUUUUUGUUUAUCUUUGACCAACUACCUACAUUUGUGCUUGCAAGUGAGCUCUGCACCCUGGUUUAACCCCUGCUAAAGGACCAACAGCCCCUCUGUAGGAUGCUUAUUAAACACCACCAUGCCAGCUUUGACUGUCGAGUAGCUUUAUCCACACCAGCGUGAUGUAUUGAACGAAUCCUCGCUGAGGACCGAGACAUAGACCUGAUGCAUCUCACAAGGACUUUAAAAAAAAAAGGUGGGAUGACAUCAUCAUUACUGUCCUCCCUGCAAACAUUUCAGAUCUGUCAUGGUGGGAAACGCACUCCUGUAGCUCAGACUUUUCAUGCUAACCAUGCUUCAUGGGCUCAGCCUUGUAUUUCACACGUUUGUAUUACUAAUCCUUGUGGUUUUUAUGAAUGAGUUUGAACAAAGCCUUUUGUUUAAUAGUCAGGGUAGAAAAUGAUUUAGAAGAUCCCGAGAGAAUGGAUUGGUGACAGGUUUUUAAUUUAUUAUGCGCACUUAUUUUCUCCUGCUUUGUAUCUCUAAUAUUGGAACAGGCUUACUUUUUUUUUUUAAUAUAUAUAUAAUUUAUUCCUUUUUUUAGACGAUACUUUUUAAUUAUCCGUGAACAUCUUUGUAAUUUUUUUUGUUUGACGUUAUGAUUAGCAGCUCUGAACUUUUAAAAGAUGUGGGUUUUCAGCCACUGAACCGUAUGUGGGUACUGAAGCAUCGCGUUAUUACCAUCUAGUUUAAUAUGUCACAAGAAUCAUGUUCAGGAAGUCUGUUACUGCACUUUACUAGAUCUAAUAUAUUCCUUGAAAUGAUUUGAAUACAAAACAAUCCAGCCUUGUAUCAAGAUUUUAUUAUGACUGAAUUCCUAUUAGUAAUAAGUUGCCGGAUGAGCGGUUACUCUAUUGAAAAAGAACAAACCAAAAUUCAGCCUGUUCAUUUUAAUCCAGACAAUUUCACCGAUCUGAAGUAAUUUCCCCCUUUUUCCAUCUCCCUCAGCUCCAUCUGACGGGAAAAGGGUUUAGAUGGAAGAAAGUCUGAGAGACGCUUCAGUGUGGACUGUCUCCUUAUUCUCUAGGUUCCUCGCUUUUUGGCCACACUGUACGAUUUCAUCACUGCCAAUGCCUUUGUAACCUGCCAGUCUCACUGAGAGAUGCUCGGUGACGAACCUGCUAAAGGAACUGCUGUGUGAUAGUCCCGAUCAACAGGAUCUUCCAUCUCCUGUACUUAAACUGUCUCUGUACCUUUUUUAGAAAACAUUUAAGUAUGAAUAGUAUGUACGCUGUAAAUGCAGCCAGUGUGGAUUGAUCACUCCAUUUGUUAUCUUACUGUAACUCCAGCUUACAACGUUAUAGGUUUGUGCGUGAACUCCUCGCUGUCCUGGAAACGUAUGCAAAUACUGCAACAUGAACACACACUGAACAAAGGAUAGUGCAUGAAACCAGCGUACAGUACCUUCUGUCAAUGCCUGACAAAUAAAGACAAUUGCUGUUGAGUGAAA